CAUUCGAAUAAUUUAUCCAUCUAUUGAAUAAAUAAAUAGCCCUACGCAAAAGCAAAGGAUAGAGAGACGUGAGGCAAUUAGAUCGCCGAUGCUAGCGGAUUCUCUACCAGCUCUCAAACGAAAGCGAUUCUCCGUUGCUGAUCCUAUGGAUGCCAAUUUUGCAACGGAAAAGCUUGCUGCUGCAAAGCAAAAUUACGGUCGUGAAAUCUGUGUGUUCGAGACAACACCAGCAACGAUUUCUCAAACGACGAAUAAUGCCUCUGAUAGUGAGGAACCAGACGACUUGGAAUUCACCACAGAAGAUUAUUAUCGCAUAUUGGCUACCAAGAAAAAGGAAGAUAAAUAUUUGAAGACAAAAAAGAUUCGAGAUGCAGAAGCAGCAGCUAGUAGAUCGAGAAUCACCAAGGCUGUGGUUCGUGUAAGGUUCCCGGAUAAUCACACAUUAGAAGCGACAUUCCAUCCAUCAGAGACGCUGCAAAGCUUAGUUGAUCUUCUUGUGAAAGUUGUGGCUCGACCUGAUCUCCCUUUUUAUAUAUAUACCACUCCUCCAAAGAAGCAAAUAAAAGACUUGUCACAGGACUUGUAUUCUGCUGGGUUUGUUCCUGGUGCAAUUGUAUAUUAUUCAUAUGACCUACCAAAAGGUGUCGAAACCCCACAAGGCGCAUAUCUUAAAGAUGAUGUCAUGUCUUUGAAAGGUCUAGAACUUGUACCUGUGCAGAAGCCUGAUUCUGAUCAACCUGCUUCGGAACCUGUUGUGGCUGCUGUCCCUGCAUCGCAAAAGCCUGCCGGUGAGAAGAAGAUGGUGAAGCCAAAGUGGUUGAAAAUGUGACAUUCCAAGAGAAAUUACAGAUAUGUUAUCUGUUUUAUGUUGUUAAUUUCUUUUUAUAUUAUAAAAAGACUUUUAAAAACCGAUCAUGUUAUUAGCAAUACAAGAAAAUUGUUUCUUUA